AUGCCCCAUAGAACCCUGCAAACUCUGAAGCUCGCAAGGGCCAACCUCAUGCAUAUGAAGCGCCUCCUCUACGCUGCUUUCCUCGUCUUGUGUUUCUGUGUGAGCAUAACCUGUAGCACACUCUCCUCCGGGUUGUUGUUGCAUGCGGACGACAUCAGACUUCGAGGAGGGCACGAGCAGUCUGCCAUCGACAGCACCAUGAUCAAGAGCAUAACGCAGCGGACACUGGAUACGAGAGGGAAGCGGAUGUACUUGGAGUCACGAGGAGCACAGGAUGACGACAAGCCUCCCUCGCUGGGGAUGGAUGGAGUGAGUCCCUCGGAGUACAGGUCCAAGUUCGAGAUCCAGGUCAAGGAUCCCAAGAGCUCGAUACCGUUGGAUCCCAUCCAAACUUUCGCCAAGGCGCCUUUCGCUCAGGAGAUCCUGACUGAGGUGAGAGCUGCUGGGUUUCAACAUCCUUCUCCCAUCCAAGCUCAAUGCUGGCCGUACCUGGCGGCCAAAAGAGACCUGGUGGCGGUAGCGAAGACAGGGAGUGGGAAGACGUGUGGGUAUCUGUUCUGCGCCUUCAUGAAGAUUCUCAAGUUGUGCCCUGAUCUUGAGAUGAAGCGUCGAGGGUCCCGGUCGUCCAAGUAUUCCAACUCGCCAGUACGCUCUCAUGCCCUCGUGCUGGCACCGACUAGGGAGCUAGUUGUACAGAUCACAGCAGAGGCGCAGAAGUUUGGAAAGUCAUGCGGUAUUGUAAACGUUGCGAUCUUUGGAGGUGUUGGAAGGGGCAUGCAGAUGAGACAACUGAACAUGGGAGCUCACCUCAUCAUCGCAACUCCAGGAAGGCUCAAUGACUUCAUAGACUGCGGCACAGCUCGGCUGGACCAAGUGGAGUAUGUUGUGCUCGACGAGGCAGACAGGAUGUUGGAUAUGGGAUUCGAGCCACAGAUCAAGAAGAUUUUCAAGACGCUUCCAGCACAUCCAGUCAGACAGACAAUCACCUUUACUGCUACUUGGCCCAAAGGAGUGCAGAAGCUUGCGGCGACGUACUUGCAUGAGGCCGUUCAAGUCAAUGUUGGCGGAGUUGAUGAGCUGAUCGUCAACAGCGAUGUAGUGCAAGAAUUUCAUCACGUGAGAUCGCAUACCAAGGAGGCGAAGCUGCUUGAAGUGCUUCAAACCAUCUCUCCUGAUCCAUCUGCAUGUGAUGCGAGCAUAAUUAUUUUUGUCAACACAAAGCGGAACUGCGACCUUAUCUCGAGAAAGCUGAGACAACAGUCAUGGAGAGCGCGAAGUAUCCAUGGAGGCAAGUUGCAGGAUGAAAGGCUCCGAGCACUCAACGACUUCACGUCUGGGAGAGCGCAGGUUAUCGUAGCGACAGACGUGGCUGCUAGGGGCCUGGACAUCAAAGGCGUGUCGCACGUCAUCAACUUCGAUCUUCCCUCCAGCGGGGCGGAGGAUUGGGUGCAUCGUGUCGGGCGGACAGGCCGUGCUGGCGCCAAGGGACAUGCUCACACCUUCAUCUGCGAUGGAGACGCAGGAAGCGCAGGCGAUCUGAUCAAGAUUCUGACCAAGGCGAACCAACCCAUCCCUGACUUCUUGACUCAUCUCGCCUCCCUGAGACGACGUUCAUCCAUGAGCCGCUCAGGAUACUCGGGGAGGGACAGGUACGGCAGGAGCAGGUGA